GAGCUUUGCCUGUGUAACCUUGGUAUCAAUUAUGUCUGGCCGCGGAAAGCAGGGAGGCAAAGCCCGCGCCAAGGCCAAGUCGCGCUCGUCCCGCGCUGGCCUUCAGUUCCCGGUGGGGCGAGUGCACCGCUUGCUGCGCAAAGGCAACUACGCCGAGCGGGUGGGGGCCGGCGCGCCCGUCUACAUGGCGGCGGUCCUCGAGUACUUGACCGCGGAAAUCCUGGAGCUGGCGGGCAACGCGGCCCGAGACAACAAGAAGACGCGAAUCAUCCCCCGUCACCUCCAGCUGGCCAUCCGCAACGACGAGGAGCUGAACAAGCUGCUGGGCAAGGUCACCAUCGCCCAGGGCGGCGUUUUGCCUAACAUCCAGGCCGUUCUGUUACCAAAGAAAACUGAAAGCCACAAAACUAAAAGCAAAUAAACCCAGACAAA